AUGAUCUUCUCUUGUCUUCCUCGUUUGAAAGAGUACAAGGUAUACGCACCAUCACAGUUGUCAACCAUUCUGUACUUUGGCAGUAAUCACAUUUGUGUGGAGCAUAUGAUUCGCGAAGGAAUUCUAGGUACAACUCUCCUGGCUGAAAGUGUUUGCAUUUCGUGCUAUCCAGGAACAGAAUGCUUAUUACCAGCUGUUGCAUCUUAAUAGUCUUUUACAUAAGCUUUGUUGAAAAAAUGAGAGUCUUUCAGAGAUCUCCGCAACUCUCCAUGAAAACUUGGGAAAUAUUCCCAGUUUAAUGUACUACCAUCAACAAACGCAUCUCCGAUAGCACAGCUUGUCCUUUCAGCCUCAUUCUGGCGUGUAUCGCCCCUAUAUCUGUGGAGUCUGACGUAGUGGUUCAGGAUUCCGGAGGCGACAUAUUUCUGCUACUCCGAAUUGGACAUCAAAAAUCGGUACCAGAUACACCUUCAUGGUCCUCUAUCGGUUAGCUCUGUCCACCUGGGCUUUAUCACUCAUUCAUUCGUUCGUUUGUUCAUUCGUUCGUUCGUUCAUUCAUCUCUAUACUUCGAUCAUUAAAGUCAAUGAUAAUCUCCUGGGCAAUUGACGCUAAUAUAUGUGGAACAGUUAAUGCAUGAUAUUAAACAAUUAUUGAUGAGGCUGUGGACGAUAUCAAGAAUUAUUCACAAGCUUUCGUUGGUAUGGAUGCAACUACCUGAAAAAUGUAAGGAGAAGUUUCUCCUUGUAUUUUCCAGGUAGUUGCAUCCCCACCAAUGAAACUUGUUAUUAUUGGCACUAUACCUGCACUGGCACAGACCAUUCAAGAAUUAUUCAGGCUUAUCUUCGAAACGAAGCUGAGAUGGAUUACUUUUACCGAGUGGUUAUUUAUUUAGCGCAGGAAAUGUGAAAAGAACGCAAGGAAAAUUAAAUCACUUGGUCAAACAAGCUUUUCACAGAACUUGCGUCGAAGAAUAGAUUGUAUACACGCUGACAGUUAAUUUUAUUUUCCGUUUUAGAAUACAACACAGUUGCAGAUAUUAUUCAAGCAGUUAGGAAUAAUGAUGUCAGUUUUCUUUUGUUGGAUCGUUUCAUUGUGAACGCUUACUUAGCGGAAUUUAGCCGCUAUGAUUUCAAAGUUACGAAACUUAUCGACAACGGUUGUAGUUACUUUGUCUUCGUGAUUAGUUCAAUAGAAGAUUUUUCAAAAAAUUUGGCAGAAUGUUUUAAAAGGCAGAAGUUUGUUAUUCAAGACGCUACACAGGUAAGUCAGAUAUUUCUCUUUCAUUAACAGAAAAAUAGCUUAUUAAAUAUUAAUAUAUAUAUACACAACAAUAACUUGUGUUAAGACACAUGCAUACCCUACAUGACUCUAUAGUGAUAUAUUUGUUCGCGUGAAAUGCUUGAUUUUAGUGUCGGGAAAUGCGAUUUGUUCUACAGCCGUGAGGCGUGAUUGUUGAUAAAAAUGCUCCGUGAAAUGAGAAUUAAGGAUGUCUGUUUCGUGAACUGUGAUUUUGCUUUGUUUAUUUCAAUCUACUUUAUAAUAGUCAUAAUAAACAUGAUACGCGAUAAUCAAAUUUAUAUGAUCUCAUUUAUAUGAUCUCUCGAUUGCACAAGAGUAAAUGUCCUCAUUCUGAGGACAAGGUUCCUCACUAUGAGGACAAGGUUCCUCACGCUGAGAACAAGGUUCCUCACGCUGAGGUCAAGGUUUCUCACGCUGAGGACAAGGUUCCUCACGCUGAGGACAAACUUCCUCACGCUGAGGACACGGAUUCCUCACGCUGAGGACAAGGUUCCUCACGCUGAGGACGAGGUUCCUCACGCUGAGGACGAGGUUCCUCACGCUGAGGACGAGGUUCCUCACGCUGAGGACGAGGUUCCUCACGCUGAGGACGAGGUUCCUCACGCUGAGGACGAGGUUCCUCACGCUGACGACGAGGUUCCUCACGCUGACGACGAGGUUCCUCACGCUGAGGACGAGGUUCCUCACGCUGACGACGAGGUUCCUCACGCUGAGGACGAGGUUUCUCACGCUGAGGACGAGGUUCCUCACGCUGAGGACGAGGUUCCUCACGCUGAGGACGAGGUUCCUCACGCUGAGGACCAGGUUCCUCACGCUAAGGACAAGGUUCCUCACGCUGAGGACACGGGUUCCUCACUCUGA